CCGCGCGCGCAGCUUCCCGCCGCCCGAGCGCGCGCAGGGCCCAGCCGGCCAGCCCGCUGCGUGCGUGCGUGCGUGCGUGCGUCGCUGCGUGCGUGCGUGCCGUGCGCUCGCCGGGCACCGCGGCCUCGCCCUCGCCCUCCGCCCCUGCGCCUGCACCGCGUAGGCCGCGCCCCCCCCCGCGCGCACCCCGUAGACGACCCCCGCCCGCGUCCCGGCCGGCCCCCCCCUUUCCAGAUUUAAAGGGGGCGCAGCAUUAACGCCUCCCGCCUCAGGUGACCUCUCAGGGGGUCUCCCCGGCAGAGGUGUCUCGCCGCUGAGGAACAUGGCGAAGGUGGAGCAGGUCCUGAGCCUCGAGCCGCAGCACGAGCUCAAGUUCCGAGGUCCCUUCACCGAUGUCGUCACCACCAACCUAAAGCUUGGCAACCCAACAGACCGAAAUGUGUGUUUUAAAGUGAAGACCACGGCACCACGUAGAUACUGCGUGAGGCCCAACAGUGGGAUCAUCGAUGCAGGGGCCUCGAUUAAUGUAUCUGUGAUGUUACAGCCUUUCGAUUAUGACCCCAAUGAGAAAAGUAAACACAAGUUUAUGGUUCAGUCUAUGUUUGCUCCGACUGACACUUCUGAUAUGGAAGCAGUAUGGAAGGAGGCAAAACCGGAAGACCUUAUGGAUUCAAAACUUAGAUGUGUGUUUGAAUUGCCAGCAGACAAUGAUAAACCACAUGAUGUAGAAAUAAAUAAAAUUAUACCCACAACUGCAUCAAAGACAGAAACACCAACGGUGUCUAAAGCUCUGAGUUCUUCUUUGGAUGACACUGAAGUUAAGAAGGUGAUGGAAGAGUGUAAGAGGCUGCAGGGGGAAGUGCAGAGGCUCCGGGAGGAGAACAAGCAAUUCAAGGAAGAAGAUGGGCUUCGGAUGAGGAAGACAGCGCAGAGCAACAACCCUGUUCCUGUGGUAGCCACGGCCGGGAAGGACGAGGGCCUCAGUGCCCGGCUGCUCGCACUGCUGGUUUUGUUCUUCAUCGUUGGUGUGAUCAUAGGGAAGAUCGCUUUGUAGAGGCGGCAGGCAAAGGGCGGCACGCUGGAUUGAUGGGCCCGCCAUACCAUGGGGUUUGGAUUUAUCAUAACCAUGUGUAAAAAGAAGUUAAUGUGUGAUGACAUCUCACAGGUCUUGCCUUUAAAUUACCCCUUCCCUGCGCGUGAGCACGCGUGCACACACACACACACACACACACACAAUUAUAACGUAACAAUCUUUUAGAAAGUGAAAAAUGUAUAGUAAAUGAUUGGGGGGAAAAGAAUGGUCUUUAUUAAUGACAAGGGAAACCGUGAUUAAAUCGUAAUGGCAUGUUGUGUCACUUUAGACAUUUGUAGCCUUGGUACAUGUGGCUGGGUUGAUUACCUCUCUUAGAACAAGACCCACUUCCCGCCUGUUGGUGCUGGCCUUUGGGGAGCGGAGCCCAGUGUGGCGGGGAGGGCCGUCCCCUCCACGUAGCACCCCCACUGCCCGCUCACCCCCGGCCUGCUACUCCAUGGUCUGCCCUGGGCCUGGCCGUCGGUUCCUUGGGACCGAUGAAUGAGGUCAGAAGCCAGUGGCGUUGUGCUGUGGUGGUGU